GCGGCGGGUGGGGGGGGGCUCAGCUAUGGAGGCGAAUGGGAGCCAGGGCACGUCGGGCAGCGCCAACGACUCCCAGCACGACCCCGGUAAAAUGUUUAUCGGCGGACUGAGCUGGCAGACCUCACCAGAUAGCCUUAGAGACUAUUUUAGCAAAUUUGGAGAAAUCAGAGAAUGUAUGGUCAUGAGAGAUCCCACUACGAAACGCUCCAGAGGCUUCGGUUUCGUGACGUUCGCGGACCCCGCAAGUGUAGAUAAAGUGUUAGGUCAGCCCCACCACGAGUUAGAUUCCAAGACGAUUGACCCCAAAGUUGCAUUUCCUCGUCGAGCACAGCCCAAGAUGGUCACAAGAACAAAGAAAAUAUUCGUAGGCGGGUUAUCGGCGAACACGGUGGUAGAAGACGUUAAGCAAUACUUCGAGCAGUUCGGCAAGGUGGAGGACGCAAUGCUGAUGUUUGACAAGACGACCAAUAGGCACAGAGGCUUUGGCUUUGUCACAUUUGAGAAUGAAGAUGUGGUAGAGAAAGUCUGCGAGAUCCACUUCCACGAGAUCAAUAAUAAAAUGGUAGAAUGUAAGAAAGCUCAGCCGAAGGAAGUCAUGUUCCCACCUGGGACAAGAGGCCGGGCCCGGGGACUGCCUUACACCAUGGACGCAUUCAUGCUUGGCAUGGGGAUGCUGGGCUACCCCAACUUCGUGGCGACCUAUGGCCGCGGCUACCCGGGAUUCGCUCCCAGCUAUGGCUACCAGUUCCCAGGCUUCCCGGCAGCAGCCUACGGACCAGUGGCAGCAGCAGCUGUGGCGGCGGCCCGAGGAUCAGUCCUGAAUAGCUACAGUGCUCAACCGAAUUUUGGCGCGCCCGCUUCCCCGGCAGGCUCCAACCCGGCGCGGCCCGGAGGCUUCCCGGGGGCCAACAGCCCAGGACCUGUCGCUGAUCUCUACGGCCCUGCCAGCCAGGACUCCGGAGUGGGGAAUUACAUAAGCGCGGCCAGCCCACAGCCAGGCUCGGGCUUCGGCCAUGGCAUAGCUGGACCUUUGAUUGCAGCGGCCUUUACAAAUGGAUACCAUUGAGCAGGUGCUCUCGCUGCCAUCUCACUCCGAGAGCAUCCCUGGAUGUCCAGGCAAGACUGGGCGAAGUUUCUGAGUGGCCCUUUGUUUAGGUGAUGUCAUCAGACCUGGACCCCCACCAGCUCACUCCCCAUCCCAACCAGAGAUGGCUCACUUCGGAUCAGGUGGCCGGUAUCUCAUCACCUCACAGUUCUGCUGUAAUAUACGACAACAGCUUCUCAAUGUGUAUAUAACCCAUGAUUUUGGUUUGGUUUGGUUUGGUUUUUCUUGACGGUUUCCCACUCCUCCCCCCCCCCCACCUUCCACCCCCACCUUUCUCCUUUUAAAUCUCUUUGAAUCACAUUUGGUAGUGAUUUUGAUGUAGUCCAGUAGUCAUAUAGCUUUACUAUCUAGUUAAAAGCUAACCAUAGUAGAAUUGUUAUCUUAAGAUAUCAUUUUUUUCUUUCUAGAAAAAAAAAAACCAAACACUUUUCCCCCCAACCCCACCCUCACGCUUGUUUCAGUUCUGUUCUCACUUUUAAAGGAUGCUGAGAUGGUAAAAUGACUCUCAAAUGUUUGGGUACCAGUUCUGAGACUGUCUGAACCUCCAGGUGGGACUUGCGUGCACAGAGGAGCGGCCGUGGGGCGCAGAGCGGGAGCGGGGUGUCCACGCUCCCCGCUGCGUUGUGUGCCAGUGAGAUGGUAUCCGCUGAUCCACAAACUCGCUAGCCGUUCUUUUUCUGUGACGUCUCUCUGUUCCCCGAGUCUCUCUCUUUUCGGCAAUAAGGGAAGGAUGACGUUGGCAGUGUUCUCCUUCCUCUUGAGUGCUUUUUUUUUUUUCUGUUGAAAGAGGUGAUAUUAUAAGGGUUUUUUUUUUCUUUUCAAUUGUGAAUUCUGCGAAAGAAAUUUGUAAAUACAAUUCCAUUAACUACAUAGAAGCUAUUAAGAAAGAGAGAAUCAAAAAAAAGCAUAUUUUUGUGAGGGAGUUGGUUUCAGGCAGCGCGAGGCUCUGGGGGUAAGGAGAGUGGAGGCGGGUGGACGCUGAGCUGGGAGGUGGGCCUCGAGCUGCCGGCCGCCCCGGGCAGUUAGAACACCGUUUAGCUCCUUUUGUCUAUGUGUUAGACCCAAGAAAUGUAUUCGUGUCAUACCAGCAUAUUAACUUCGUCUGUGCACAGCUUCCGGUGUUACCGUCUAGUUAGAUUUUUAUUUAAAAUAUGAAAAACUGC